AUGACUUCCGAUUUUUCAAUAUGUGAUACAAUAUUGCCUUCUCACACUAUUCUUGACAAAAUAAAUGAAAUAAACCCAGAGGUUACAAAUAAGCUACCGGAGAUAACUGACUUUACCAUCAUCAAACCUAUCAGCCGAGGAGCUUUCGGAAAAGUGUUUCUUGCUCAGAAGAAAAACAAUCCAGAGCAGUUGUAUGCCAUUAAGGUUAUGAAAAAGUCUGAAAUGAUAAAUAAAAACAUGGUGACACAGGUGGUCACAGAGAGAAAUGCACUGGCAUUAUCGAGAAGUCCAUUCUGUGUUCAUUUAUUUUAUUCACUACAAUCUGCAUCAUCAGUUUACUUAGUCAUGGAGUAUAUGGUCGGAGGUGACCUGAAAUCCUUGCUAAACGUUUAUGGAUUUUUAGAAGAACCAAUGGCAAUAUUUUAUGUAGCCGAAGUUACUUUAGCUUUAGACUAUUUGCACAAACAUAACAUAGUGCAUAGGGAUCUUAAACCGGACAAUAUGUUAAUUGCAAGUAACGGCCAUGUCAAACUAACUGACUUUGGAUUAUCAAAGAUUGAAAUUCACAGAGAUCUAGAGAUAUCUGAUUUUGUCAAUCGUACACCUAGUCUGAACAUGAGAACUCCUGGACAACUGCUAUCCUUGACGUCACAUCUCUCUUUUGGGUCAGGAGGAGGAGAUAGUACACAAGAAUCCACUUCAGCAGAUGCGUCAAAGAAAAAAAGUAUAUUUUACGAUGAUGUCAAUGGUUCUGGCUGUCAUUCCACGGAACACUCUCAAUUAUCUGGAAUACAUCCCUUUCUUAGUGCUGAGAGCAUUAACUUAGACCUUACUAGUUCGCGAGACUCGGGCUCAGAAUCUUUGAGUUCAUACCAUACUUGUGAAAGUUCCAAAAACAGUUCGACAUCAAGAAGCAAUAAAUCAACAGAUAUCAGUAGUGCCAAUGGGUCUUCGAUAGAGUCUGCCCUUGCUGAUUCUCAGCACGAUCAGUCAACCUCACCUUUAUGUAGGGGACAGUCAUUAAAGAGAAUUCCCAGUUUCCGGGCAAAAAAAAGAAAGAGGAUUCUGGAUGUCGAUGGAGAUACACCUACAAGAGUGACUAGUCUCUUGGAGUCUAAAGAGAAUCACAGUGGUCUAACUCAAGAGAUCAUGGCGUUAGAACUAGAUGUAACACAGAACACACCCAAGAGGAUUUCUAUACAUCCCACCCCAGAGCGACGAAAGAAUCCCAUCAAAGGAGUAUUAAAGAAAAGGUGGGUAUCACAAAACGACAGCCAUCACUUUAAUGUAGGAGUGAUAUUCUCGACGCCAGUGUCGAACAGUAAAAACAACUUGAAGAAAAAAGAGAAAGCCACGAGAUUCAACUUGCCGAUCGAAGAACCCGCCUCAGGUUCCAAAGACAAGGACAAGUCCAUUUUAUUUGGAAAACACAUUUCCACGAGUCUUGAAAUUUUUCCAACGAGAAGGUUAAGUAAGGGUGAAGGCAGCAAAUCGCCUACAGAUCUUUGUAAAACACCGAUAGCUGCUCAAACUCCAUACAGAACUCCAAAAAGCGUGCGACGUGGGAACCAAGUAUCGGAUCAGAGGAUCUUAGGAACUCCAGACUAUCUAGCACCGGAAUUGUUACUCAGACAAGGUCACGGGCCUCAAGUCGAUUGGUGGGCUCUCGGUGUGUGCCUUUAUGAAUUUAUGACCGGUAUUCCCCCCUUCAAUGAUGAGACACCGCAAGCUGUCUUCAACAACAUCUUGUCUAAAAACAUAGAAUGGCCGGAAAACGAAGAGGCUCUAUCGCCGGACGCCGUCGGUGCGAUCCAAGCCCUACUCACCAUGGACCCCAGUGAGCGCCCCGCGGCUGCCGAAGUGCGUGCGAUGCCGCUCUUCAAGGACGUAGAUUGGGAUAACCAACUGAGCGUCGAACCGCCUUUUAUACCUUCUCCAGAUGAUAUUCACGAUACGGGCUACUUUCAAGCCCGCAACAUCCUGCAGCAGCUUCAAGUUUCCAACUUCGACUUGUGA